GGUAUCGUUUUGAUUAGGGUGGAUUCAUGGAUCGAUUGAGAGAGAUGGAGGAAUUGGUAGAAUUAGAUGAGAAGAAGUUGUUGGCAUGCUGUGGAAGUAGCCAAUUCGCCAAGGAGAUGGCCUUGGCGUCUCCUUUUCCCUCUUUAGAUCAAGCCAUCUCUGCCGCCCGACACAUCUGGUUCAAUAAGGUUGAUGUGAAUGGCUGGCUUCAAGCAUUUUCGGCUCAUCCUCAGAUCGGUCAAUCAACUUCUUCAGAGUGGAGUAAAGGAGAGCAAUCCACUGCUUUUGCCACUGCUAAUGAUUCUACUUUGCGGGAACUAGCCGAUUGGAAUGCUCGCUAUAUACAAAAAUUUGGAUUUAUAUUUAUUAUAUGUGCAUCUGGGAGGACUAUUGCGGAAAUAGUUUCUGAACUGAAGAAACGAUAUUCAAACAGACCCAUUAUUGAGUUUGAAAUCGCUGCCCUGGAGCAAAUGAAGAUAACUGAAUUGCGCUUAGCAAAACUUUUCUCUGCUAAACCAAUAGCUGCUUCCACAGAUACUGCCGAUGGUGCGAAGAAAGCAGAAGAUCGUAUGAGUGUCAUUGGAGGACACUUGGCCCUUACUUCUGAAACUUUAGCGGGAAAAACAUCCCAAAUCCCAAGUCGAACCCGACCACCCAUCACAACCCAUGUGUUGGAUGUUUCUCAGGGGUCCCCAGCUGCUGGUGUGGACGUGCUUUUAGAGAUAUGGAAAGGCACACAACCACGUCCCUUGUUUGGUGAUGCAGAUAAAAGUGGGUGGGUAGUCCAGGGGUCAUCAACAACAGAUAAAGAUGGGCGAAGUGGUCAACUGAUGAGCAUUGUUGAGGAUUUGAACCCGGGAUUUUACAGGAUAACAUUUAACACUGGUACAUAUUUUCCUGCGGGAUUCUUUCCCUAUGUUUCUAUCGUGUUUGAGAUCAAAGAAUCACAGCAGCGAGAACACUUUCAUGUUCCUCUGCUGCUUUCACCAUUCUCGUUCACUACUUACCGUGGAAGCUAGAAAUUUAUGGUUUUGGUAGGCAGUUGACAAAUGAAACUCCAUUUCUUUUGCAGAUAUGUAUUAGGAGUGUGUUGUAAUACAGUAUGUCAAGUUACUGUUAUUUAUCCAUAAAAUAAACAAACAGAUAAUAUAAAGAUUGCUUCCUUAUGAUGGUCAAAAAGCAUUGAGUUAUUCCUU